UGAUGUUCUGAGGCAGUUUAGCUAUCCCAGUGGGUCCCAUGUUCUGACCUUGAGUCAGGCAGAUUAUAUGUCAGGCUACAUGGCAGCAGAUUACAUAGCAGGUUAUAUGACAGGACCAGGUUAGCCCAUAUAGACUUCCAGGAACUGUAUUAUUUCUAUACAGAAGGAUACACAUACCACCGUGCGCAUGCGAGUCGCUGGUGGAUCACGUGAUUAUUCUGAUCACGUGUCUCUCGUCGCUCGCUUUACGGCUGCCGCAAAGCACCGCUGGGGCCUCGGUUUACGGAAGCAGUGGAUUGUGCCUCCCGUGGCCAUGAGACCGCAGGCAGCUGUGGCUGGUAAAGUCUUCAUCCAGAGAGACUACACCAAUGGCACUUUGUGUCAGUUCCAGACAAAGUUCCCCUCCGAGCUGGAGACCCGGGUGGACAGACAGCAGUUUGAGGAGACUGUGCGGACACUGAACAAUCUGUUUGCAGAGGCAGAGAAGCUAGGGGGCCAGUCCUAUCUGGAGGGCUGCCUGGCCUGCCUCACCGCCUACACCAUAUUCCUGUGCAUGGAGACACACUAUGAGAAGGUUCUGAAGAAAAUUGCUAAGUACAUUCAGGAGCAGAAUGAGAAGAUUUAUGCUCCCCAAGGUCUGCUGCUGACUGACCCCAUAGAGAGGGGUCUCCGAGUGAUUGAGAUCACAAUUUAUGAGGACAGAAGCCUGACCGGCAGAUAGGACAGGUGAUCGAUCGUUGUGCUGUAAAUUCUCUCCACCGCAAAGACCGUCCUCCCUGACAUUCCUUCAGUUGCCAUUCCUAUGUCUGCAGCACACCCUUCAUGAUUUCUCCAAACUCUACCCCAUGGACGCUGUGCCAAUCUGUGACCCUGCCAGCUUUCUCUCUCCCUCUCUCUCUGUGGCUGUUCAUUUGCUCGGCCAGUAUAUCAGGGGAGACUGGUGAAUAUGGCUCUGCAGAAAGGGCGUCCGGGGAGAAUCUCUGCAUAGUGCCAAUGUUGUGAAAGCUGUACGGAUCUCAUUAUGCUGUGGCAUCUUCCUUGGCAGACACUUUUAUUCUAGUAGCUGUAGAGUGGACGUGGUAGAUCGUAAGGAUGGAAAAAGACAAUAGUAUGAAGAAAUGCAUUUCAUGAGCCAGGACUUGGUGUAAAGCGUUGUAAUGGAUGCAGGGUGGUGUGGGGAUGGAACUGACUUUCCUUACAGCCGAAUGUCAAUCAGUCAUAUAAGGGCUGAAUGCAUUGCUCAGCAAAGAUGACACCUUCCCCUUAUAUAUAAUUUAUAUUUAAUUAUACUAUUGUCAUUACCUCUUAUUGCCCAACUGAAUUAUGUGCGUUUUCGUUACUUUUUAAUAGCUGCUCCCCAAUUUUUGGAUAUUUGAGGUUUAUAUUGUACCUGUUUUAUAUUGUACCAAAAGAGGAUAUCUGAUUUGUGACUUUUUUUCUUUCUUCCUUUGCUCUGCUUGAAACUCAGAAAUGCCGUCUUCAUAACUAUCAUGUUGAUCUAAAUAACCAUUUUAUUUUUUUUUCUUCACAUUUCGGAUCACAGUAUUGACUGCUGCCCACAUAUGGAUUAUGAAUGACGGCCUACACCUGUGUAGGAGCAUAUGCACAUUAUUGUGAAUCAUGGUAGCCCACAGCAUCUGAAACCAGAUAGUGCAGUGCUUGUGGGCAGCGGCAAUUAUUAAUCCUGCUCAACCACCCUGGGUUCUCUGACACAAUCGGUGCAGCUGCUGGUAGCGGAACCGCUCAUUCAUCGGCUAUGUGGGGUAUCUGGUUGUCACUAGUACCCCAUUGCUCAUGCUAUUGGAAUCUUCCAUCUUGUGUACAUUAAGUCACUGUAACAGACAAUGUGCUUUUAUGUAUUGGAUUUAUUAUAAAUAAACAUUUAAUUUAUAGAGA